GGGAUCACAUCGUGCUUGUCGGCCAUAUUCCGUUUUCUGUAUUGUCAACCCUAUCCUGUAAAAUUGUGUCAAUUCUUUUGGCGGUAGCGCAAUAGAUGCUGUCAUAAUGACGUUAACUUUUUCUUUCUGCAAUGACCAAAAAAGAUGACAGUGUUAUUGUUGUAAAGCUGCAACAAAAAGAUUUAAUUCGUAAGGGUGUGAUUUGGUGUUCUGCAAAAUGAGUACUUGCGUGGACUCUUUGUCUCUAGCUCUUGGGCAAAUUAGCUUUGCAGUUAGCGAUUUAACAAAGAAAAAUUAUAAAGCGACUUUGAAGGAAAUACACGAGCUGAUUGAAAAGCAUGGUUAUGAAGCAGAGCGCCACUUAUUUCGUUGUUUAUUUUCAUUCAUUGACUUUGCUGGUGAUGGCAAAAAUAAUGGCAAGGACUUUCUGCAGUGCCAGUUCCUGAUUCAAGAAUGCCAGAUGCUUGUUUCAAAACCCAACUUUUCCUCCAUUCUGUGUUAUGCCAUUGAAACACCGGAGCACAAGCAGCGCACCUUGAGACCUUCUGCUCAAUUGCUUCCGAAUAUCAGCAGAGUUUUGAAGCUAAACAAAGUGCAAGAGGUGAUCUUUGGGCUGAGUCUUUUGAGUUCCUCAAAUGAAGAGUUAAAAAACCAUGCUGGCCAGUUUGUGAAGCACAAGUUGCCUGAUCUUCUGAGGUCAUACAUAGAUGCUGAUGUUGGUGGUGUUCAGGAAGGAGGCCUCACUGACGUCGCCAUAGAAGUGUUGCAUCGUCUUCUGUCGCACGUGAUCCAUGGCGCAAGGGAUCAGGUUGGAGUAGGAGAUGACCAAGUGUCAGCCUUCAUGGAAACACUGAGAAAAGAUUUUCCCAAAGAACGUGUGCCUGUUGUUCUUGCACCACUGCUUUAUCCAGAAACCCAGGAUAUUUCACCAGAAAACUUAAUUCCAGAGCCUUCGACUCCUUCAAAAAUAGUGAUGGAAGAUGAAUUGGCUGAUCUUAUGCAAGAAAUAGGGUAUUCUAGUUGCUCAAGUUUUGAAGAGUGUCGAAGUACCCUAGCUCAGUUUGGUGUUCAAGACAUCACUCCAGCUGCAGUGGCUAGAGUUCUUGGUAUGAUGGUUAAAACUGUGUUUGGCCUUGGUGAACAUGUUAAUAUACAGAAUUAUGGAACUAGUUCAGUUUCUUUGGACAAACUGGGACUCAGUGAGCUAACUCCAGGGCCAGUUACAUGGAAUGUGGAAGUUUUUGUCCAGGCUUUGAAGGAAUUGAUUCCUUUAUUAAGUUGGCGUCAAGUGAUUCAGGAGUUGGACUACCCUGAGUUUCAUGUUGCAACUCGUGAAGGGCUUCAGUUGCUAUUUACAGCCUGUCACAGGGGAUUGAUGGAGAUUUUUCCAGUGGAUGUUCUCUACAGGACAUGGACUAACACUGAAGGCCAGCUUUCCUGGAUCCAACAAAUCUUGUCCAGUCCAGAUUUGUUCUGUUUUGCUGACUACCCUUGUCACACAGUAGUGAUAGACUUGCUGAAAACAGCACCAGAAGAUGAUAACAGAGAAAUUGCCACAUGGAAAUCUCUCAACCUCUCAGAAACCCUUUUAAGGUUAGCAGAAGCUGGUCAUUAUGAGACAGUGAAAUCCUUGUUCAGUUUUCCUCUUAAGCAAUGCCCUGAUGUGCUGCUACUUGCUUUACUGCAGAUCAAUCCUCUGUGGCAUUCAUUACGGAAUGAGCUUGUGUCACAACUCAUCCCUGUGUUCUUGGCCAACCAUCCCAACUCUGGCAGUGUUUUACAUUAUGUGUGGCAUGGACAGGGUCAGUCAGCAUCAAUUCGUCAACUUGUGAUGCAGGCCAUGGCAGAAUGGUAUGUGAAAGGAGACAUGGACCAAGGAAGACUGUCCAGAAUCUUAGAUGUUGCUCAAGACCUUAAGUCUUUUUUUGUUUUCCAGCUUGAUCCAUUGACAGGACUGAACAUUCCCUCAUCCUCACUGCCACCCACACCAGCCACACCGACGACCCAGCUACCCUCCUUCCCACCCCAUCCUCUCACUGGCACUGUACUGGGACCAUCAAACAACCUAGGAGCUGUUGGUAGCAUAGGCUCAGGUCUGUCACAGGCAGUACAGAAGCCACAAUCUCAGCUCGGACAGCUUCCUCUUACCAUGCCAGCCACUUCAAGUUCUGGUAUGCAGUCGCCAAGUUUCAGCUCCUCUCAGAACCCCUUGUUGCAACAAUUUCACCAAGCAAGUGGGCUAGGACAAUCACUUGGUGGAUCAGCAAUGGACAAUGCUAGGUUAUUGGCUGGUCUUGGCAUUCACAAACAGCUUGGGGGCUCUUUAUUGCAACAGCAACAACAACAGCAACAGCAAACAGCACUCUUGUCCCAGUCUAGGAAUCAAGCUGACAAACUGCGUCAAGCUUCCACAGCAGAUGUAUCUCAAGUGUGGCCAGGUAUGGACCAGUCAUUUACAAAAGAGGUGGAAGAUGAGGCAAACUCGUACUUCCAGAGGAUUUACAAUCACCCACCAAAUCCCACUAUCAGUAUUGAUGAGGUGCUGGAGAUGCUGAAGAAAUUCAAAGAUUCACCUGUAAAAAAGGAGAGGGACAUAUUUCUGUGCAUGCUUCGUAACUUGUUCGAAGAGUACAGAUUCUUUCCUCAGUAUCCAGACAAAGAGCUUCAUACAACUGCUUGCCUAUUUGGUGGUAUCAUUGAACAGGGACUUGUUACAUACAUGGCCCUUGGAAUUGCCCUGCGGUACGUUUUAGAAGCUUUGAGAAAACCCUUUGGAUCCAAGAUGUACAUGUUUGGAAUAGCUGCACUGGAUAGAUUCAAGACAAGGCUCAAAGAUUAUCCACACUACUGUCAGCAUCUUGCUUCAAUCCCUCAUUUCAUGGAGUUUCCACCAUCCUUGAUAGAGUACAUUGAAUAUGGUCAACAAUCCAGGGAACCAAUUCUAGGUGGCAGAAAUAUUCAGGACCCUCUGACAUCACGAUUGCUGAACCGAGCUACGCCAACUCUGACAAGUGUAUCAGGUACCUCAACCUUCACCAGCACGGCAGUGAGCAGACCUGUCCCACUUGGGCCUUCUAUUCCAUCCAUUCCAUUGGGUCCAAGCUCCGUGCCUGCCUUGGGUUCAUCAUUACCUCUGGUUCCUACUGUCACCUCCAACAGUACUGCAGUGUCGUCUGCCAAAACCACCACGACAACAGAUGUAGCAGCAUCGCCUGUGAGAGGCAAGGAACCAUCCAUCGCUACUGCCAACAAUAUUGACACAUUGUUAGGUGCGACGGAAUCCAGUGAGAUAGUUCAACCACCAGAAGCUGUUCAAGAUAAAAUACACUUCAUCUUCAACAACAUUUCUUCAACGAAUCUACAGCAAAAGGCUGAAGAAUUAAAAAGUCACAUCCAAAAUGAGCACAUCAUGUGGGUGACACAGUAUCUUGUCAUGAAGAGGGCCAGUAUUGAACCUAACUUUCACCAGCUGUACCUAGAGUUCAUGGAAUCACUAGAGCUGACAAACUUUGCAAGAGAAGUGAUGAAGGAAACCUACAGAAAUAUCAAGGUGUUAUUGCAAUCUGACAAAGUUCCAGCGAACUUCUCUGAUCGCUCAUUGUUGAAGAACCUUGGUCACUGGCUGGGACUGCAGACAUUGGCAAGGAACAAGCCGAUCCUUAUGAAGGAUCUUGAUUUGAAGUCACUUAUUAUUGAAGCUUACUUCAAAGGGCAGCAGGAGAUGCUGUAUGUUGUUCCAUUUGUUGCUAAAGUAAUAGAAUCAUCAGCUAAGAGUAAAGUGUUCAAGCCACCCAACCCUUGGGUCAUGGCUAUCAUGGCUGUGUUAGUUGAGCUGCAUCAAGUGCCUGACCUGAAGUUGAAUCUCAAAUUUGAAGUUGAAGUCCUGUGCAAUACACUGUCACUUGAGAUGAAGGAAAUCAAAGCAUCUGAACUGUUGAAGGAUCCAGAAAAACUGAAGCACAUUCCUCACCAGUUAUCUUCCCCAGAGAAAGACAAGCAACCAGCUGUCAGCAGCAGCUCCACCCCUACCCCCACAGCAUCCUCCCAACAAGGACAGCCUCCCGUGGCACCUCCACCCCCUCAGUAUUCGUAUCAAGAAAUCAAUGUAGCUUCUCUAGCUGGAUUGGCACCUCACAUUCAAGUCAAUUCACAGAUCCCACUGUUUCAACAACAUCCUCAUCUGAAGCAGUUUGUGCGUCCAGCUAUUGAGAGAGCUGUACAAGAACUUGUUCAUCCUGUAGUUGAGAGAUCCAUUAAGAUUUGCCUUACCACAGCAGAGAUGAUUGUGAAAAAGGACUUUGCCCUGGAUCCUGAAGAGUCCCGUAUGAGAGCAGCUGCUCAUCACAUGGUACGCUUCAUGACAGCUGGCAUGGCGCUGAUCACGUGCAGAGAACCGCUUCUAAUCAGCAUCAACAACAAUCUAAGAUCGAACUUCCUGGCCGCUCUCAGGGGUGCAAACCCGCAGCAGAAGGAUAUGAUUGAACAAGCUGCAUCAGUUAUCAGUGAGGAUAACACAGAACUGGCUUGCGCGUUCAUUCAGAAAACAGCUGUGGAAAAGGCGCUACCUGAGAUGGACAAACGUCUGACUACAGAGUUUGAUGUUCGUCGCCAUGCCCGCAGUGAAGGACGGCGGUACUGUGAUCCAGUGGUGUUAACAUACCAAGCAGAGCGCAUGCCUGAACAGAUCCGGUUGAAGGUUGGUGGUGUGAAUGCCAGCCAGACAGCUGUGUAUGAGGAAUUUGCUCGCAGUAUUCCUGGCUUCCAGCCACCAGCUACAGGGGAGGCUAUCACCACCCCACCCCUGCCAAAACCAGUCCAGUAUGAACAUGGAAUACUGGGCAAUGCUGAGGCCUUCAUGCCUGAGGAAGUGGUACAGAUUCUCAGCAAGUGCGCAGCAGAAAUUGAACAGCAUCUUCACGCUAUCAUCGCACCUCCUACCAACCAACAUGUCGUCACAAUACACAGUCUGCUGGACGCUGUAGUGCAGGCGCGCAUAUCAAGAGACAACAUGGCUGCCUUGAGACUAUUACACAAGGCUGUUGAAGGUCUCCUUGAAGGGGUUGGCCCACUGGCUAGUGAUGCUGAGCUCUCGUUGAGAUAUCGUGAUUGUCACCUGAUAGUACUGAGAGGACUACAGGACCCGAGGGGAUACGGACCCAUGUGGACCGCCAGACACGUGACCAAGUUCGUGUGUGAUUGUCCACCCGAGCUGAAGUUUAACGUGGACGCCAUUGACAUUAUGAUUCGCAGUCAUUUGCUCAACAUGAGAGAAUUUGAUCUUCACCUCGUACAGUGUAUAGACAACGGGCACAAUCUGCAGGCGCUUCACUUUGCCAUCCAGCUUGCUAAAUACGUGACUGACGAAAAACACAGUCCACAUGUCACAGAGAAUGAUCUUUAUCACACCAUUGAAGCUCUGACGAGAAUAGCUCACAGCAGGCAGAAUUCUGAAGGUUUGUCGUCGUUAUUGGAAGCCACACACAAUGGUCCUGUGUCGCAGUCUGUUGGUGCACACCAUGAAAUGGGUGACAACAAGGCGCCUGGAGGGCCCACAUCUCUGACGUCAGGGGUGUCCUCAGGCGUCAGCAGCACGUUCCAUGGUUACGAGGAUCCACCUGGUUUGCACGAGAAGGUUGAGUACUUGUUGAGAGAAUGGGUUCGGCUGUGCCACCAGCCUGGAGCCGGAAAAGAAAGCGAAAAGGCCUUCUCAACCUUCGUUGCUCUGCUUCACCAGCAGGGAAUUCUUCGAACGGAUGAUCUGAUCACGAGGUUUUUCCGCAUCAGCACGGAGUUGUGUGUGGAGGUUUCAUACAGAGCUUUGGGAGAUCACCCCAACAGUCCAACCAUGGCACGUGCUAAGUGUUAUAACACCCUGGAUGCGUAUUGUCGGUUAAUAGCUCUUCUGGUGCGUCACUCAGGAGAUGCCUCUAAUAACGUGACAAAGAUUAAUCUCCUCAGUAGGGUCCUUGGUACAGUCGCCACCGUGUUGUUUCAAGAUCACGAGAUUCGUCACACGGAGUUUCAACAGCUGCCUUAUCACCGAAUAUUUAUUAUGCUGCUGGUGGAGCUCAACCAACCAGAACCCAUCCUAGAAGCCAUUAACUUCCAGGUCCUACAGACAUUUAGCACUGUGUUCCAUGCCCUUCGGCCUUCCCGUGCAUCAGGGUUCGCGUACGCCUGGCUCGAGCUGAUCUCGCAUCGUCUCCUGAUGUCCAAGCUUCUACUGAACACACCUCAACAGAAGGGCUGGGUUUUGUUUCAACAGCUGUUGAUCGACCUGUUCAAGUUUUUGGCUCCAUUCCUGAGGAACGCAGAGCUGGCUAAACAGACACAUUUGCUUUACAAGGUUAGUAGCAGUCUUGCACAUUUAAUGUUCUCUCUGUUUUAUCAGGUAUCUAAUGAACCUGGAACACGGUACAACGUGCCUCUGAUGAACGCGUUAGUUCUGUACGUCGGCACACAGGCCAUCACCUACAUACACAGCAAGAGCGGCACCCCCUCCAUGUCGACCAUCACUCAUUCGUCUCACAUGGACAUCUUCCAGAACUUGGCUGUGGACCUGGAUACUGAAGGGCGAUACCUGUUCCUGAAUGCAAUUGCAAACCAGUUACGCUAUCCAAAUAGCCACACGCAUUACUUCAGCUGUGUUCUGCUGUACCUGUUUGCGGAAGCCAACACAGAAGCCAUUCAGGAACAGAUCACAAGGGUUUUGUUAGAGCGACUGAUUGUGAACAGGCCUCAUCCGUGGGGUCUUCUCAUCACCUUUAUCGAGCUUAUCAAGAAUCAUCAAUACAAGUUUUGGACGCACGAGUUCGUCCACUGCGCUCCUGAGAUUGAAAAGUUGUUCGAGUCUGUUGCACGGAGCUGUAUGCAACAGAAACAGGCGCCUCCCAGAGAAACCACUGAAAGCAGAGAGUAAAGACACUUGUAUCUUAUUGUAAAAUUUGUACAUGAAACGACGCUGAACGCCAGUAAACAGACGCAGUCAAGUACUUCAAUUUAGCUGUUAGACUGUUAUGAAAAAUUUUUGCUGAAUUUAUAAUUUUUUAUCGUGGAAUAAACGAACGCCUUGGAGUGCAUUCUGA